AUGACAUACUACGGCCAGAAGGUCCAGCGCCUACCUAAUGUCUGGCUCGCAUCGAUGGACACACCCAGUCAACAAGAAUUCGUACACAAUCUGGAGAUCUACGCAAACGAGAAACAGGACACUCCACCGAUCGACGACCAAGAAGGCGCUGCGUUGAUGUAUUUGGCUGGAGGUGCCUGGUUCGGCAGAUGGAAUUUAACAACGCCAGUUCCAGCGGAUGGUAUACUCAGCACAUCUGCCAAAUUCGACAUAGUAAUGAACACUAAACCGUGGAGUCAUCGAUUCGGCGUGUUCAAGAAGUACAUGUCUGCAAUCUCAGACUACAUCAACGACAAUAUCCACGACCCUGAUCCCUUCACCGCUCCCAUGGACCCGAUCGAUGGGUUAGGGAACCAGGUUUUCUACGCCCCCCCUGUAGGACCUAUGUAUCUUGGCGACAUCCCCAGACGUAUAGUGGACGCAAAUCGCCGAAUAGACGAAAUGAUCAAGAUACAAGAUUGGAUACGUGAAGUCGAGAAGCAUUGGAAAUUCCCUGUUCUUUGGUCCAUACCAAUGACCACAUAUGGCCAGAAGAAGACGUGGCUGGAUCCGUUAAAAUCGGGGCAACAUGUUAAACAUGGAAUUGCAGACACACGCGCCAAUAUUCUUUUGAACUUGAGGUGCAAUGCGAAACUCGAUCGCAUCAAGCCUUAUCCUUACAAACGCACAUGCUGCACCGAUUACGGUAUCAAACCGCUUACUCAGCUCGGUAUUGUUGCUCUUGGUAUCAUUUACCUGGUUGCUUGUCUUGUUGGUGAGAUAUUGGAUUUGUACCAUGAUCGAAGUGAGCCACACUGGGGACUUUUCAAUAUGAAAGUAGGAUCAUUUAUCCUAGCACUCCUCAUGUGUUACUACGCGGAUCGGACACAGAUGAUGGCCAAGGGUGAAAAACUCUGGCUACCAAUCGACUUUGCUGUUCUUUGCGCUCCCUGUAUCGCAAUUCUGCUACUCACCAUUCGUCGAUCGCGCUCCCCCAUCUCAAUGGAUAUGUCUUUAUUAACCAAGGAAACAAACGAGUCUUUCCUUUCACGACAUCAAACAGAGGAAUGGAAAGGAUGGAUGCAGGCUGUCAUUCUCAUCUACCACUGGACCGGUGCAAUCAAAGGUUCUAAAUCUAUCUACAUCCUCAUCAGGCUCUGCGUAGCAGCAUAUCUCUUUCAGACCGGAUAUGGACACACGCUUUACUUUGUGAGGAAGAACGACUUCUCCUUUCGUCGUGUUGCGACCGUUUUGUUGCGUCUCAAUGUUCUUAGUUGUUCACUGGCGUAUGUCAUGGACACCGACUACAUGUUUUACUACUUUUCACCUUUGGUGUCGUUCUGGUUUCUCGUCGUUUACGCAACAAUGGCAGUCGGUGGAAAACGAUUCAAUAGCGACCCGCAGAUCGUGCUAUCCAAAAUCUGCAUUUCGGGACUAUUGAUCUCUGCAAUCUUCAUGUGUACGCCAUUCACCCAAUUCGUCUUUGGUCUGCUCAAGACUGUCUUCAACAUCCAGUGGAGUUACGAAACCUGGCAGUAUCGCGUUACACUUGACAUGUUUAUCGUCUACGCUGGCAUGUUGACUGCUGUGGUCCACAACGAGAUGAAGCAAACGUCUGUCCAUCUCGGUCUGCGGAUUAUUCUUGCUUUUGCUGGUCUGUUUGUUACGAUGUAUUAUUUCAAGUCGACCCUACAUCUGCGACAUAGCGUGUACAAGACAUGGCACCCUUUGGUCUCGUUUAUCCCGAUCAUAGCCUUUAUCACCCUUCGCAACAUCUCCGCCACAAUCCGCAAUUACCAUUCAAAAGCCAUGGCUUGGCUGGGCCGGUGUUCUCUAGAGACUUAUAUUCUGCAGUACCAUAUCUUGAUGGCAGCCGACACAGAGGGUGUCCUGAUUGUGGAUGGAUUAUUUGGAGACGGCACAGUAUUGGGAGAUCGAUGGAGGACUCUAAUCAUCAUCGUGCCAUUGUUUCUCUGGGUCAGCAAUGCUGCGGCAAUUUCAACAGGCUAUGUCGUGGAACUGAUCAUGGACAGUUCCGAGGACGAUGAAGAGAAAUCUACGUCUUCAUAUGCGUGGUUGGACAAGGUUCCUGGAUAUGGGCAGAUCACAGCACCGAAAGUUCGUAUCGCAUGCAUUUUAUUGGUAAUGUGGAUUUUGAACAUUUUGACGCCUGGACAUGGCGAAGUACCAGCCCCAAGUGGCGGUCACGAUGUUACAGUUGCACCGACGGUACCGUGA